CGCAUGCGCAGUGAGCCUUGCCGGCCGGACGGUUGUUUGAGGAAGUUUGUUUCGUUUCUUUCUACCUGUUGCUGCGAAGGAUUCCUUAAUGUGAGCGUAUCUACGGUAACAGACUUUGAAACUCCGAAAUGAGCUCAACAUCAGAUCUGGAGCAGCUGGCAGAAAUAGAAUUAGAGAAGGAGGAAGAGGAGGAUGAGGAGGAUCAGACAUGUGUCACAGACGCUCCAUCACUUCCUCCCGGCAGCACGCUCGGCCCUGACUCUUCUCACCCGUAUUAUGACGUGGCUCGACACGGCAUCAUCCAGGUCUCCGGUGACGACCGGUACGGCAGGAAGUUGAUCAUCUUCAGCAGCUGCUGUUUGCCGCCUUCGCACCAGCUGAACCACCGCCGCCUGCUAGAGUAUCUGAAGUUCACGUUGGACCAGUAUGUGGAGAUGGACUACAUACUUGUUUACUUCCAUUACGGUCUGAGGAGCAGCAACAAGCCGUCUCUGAAAUGGUUACGAGAAGCGUACGGCGAGUUCGACAGGAAAUACAAGAAGAACCUGAAAACUCUGUACGUCGUUCAUCCGACAAACUUCAUCAGAAUCGUGUGGAACAUUUUCAAACCUCUGAUCAGUCACAAGUUUGGAAAGAAGCUGACGUACGUGAACUACCUGAGUGAGCUCGGGGAACACCUGAACUACGAGCAGCUCAUCAUCCCCCCCGAUGUUCUCAGACACGAUGAAAAGCUACGAGCCGCUCAGAAAGGCGAGCCCCCUCCCUCGGUGAAGACCCCUCCAGCUCGACCGCCCCUGCCCACGCAGCAGUUCGGAGUCAGUCUGCAGUACAUUCGAGAGAAGAACAGGGAGGCGAUGAUCCCGCCUGUCAUCACGCAGACUGUGACUUAUCUGAAGGAGAAAGGUCUGAUGACCGAGGGCAUCUUCAGACGUUCGGCUCGAGUUCAGCUCAUCAAGGACGUUCAGAAACUCUAUAACCUGGGUAAACCAGUAAACUUUGAGGAGUUUGGAGACGUCCACGUUCCUGCUGUGAUCCUGAAGACGUUUCUCCGAGAGCUGCCUGAACCUCUGCUCACAUUCAGAGUCUACAACCAGGUCCAGGACUUCCUCAAUGUGGAGAGCAGUCUGAGGAUCACCAGGUGUAAACAGGUGGUUGAAAGUCUUCCCGAACAUAACUUCAUCGUAGCAAAGUACCUGCUGAGUUUCCUCCACGUGGUGUCUCAGCAGAGCAUCGUGAACAAGAUGAGUGCGUCUAACCUGGCCUGCGUGUUCGGGGUGAACCUGGUUUGGCCUCGGCACGGCUCCAUCUCUCUGAGCGCUCUGACGCCCAUCAACAUCUUCACCGACAUCCUCAUCGAACAUUUCCACACCGUGUUCGGCUCCCGCUGCCCACCUGCGCAGGUUACGCCCUAGAGCCUGCAGAUCAACGCUACGCCCGGCUCCACAUGGCACUCAUCUUCAGGAAACUUCUUUUUUCUCUCCAUUUUUCCGCUGGUCUAUCGGACUGUACGACACUGUGGCCCAAAAUGAAAUACCUCGACAACUACAGACAUGAAAUUAGUGACUAUUUAUUGUCUCCAGGGGAUGAUUCCUUAUGGACGCUGGACGUUUCCUCUGAUGCUGCCCAUCUGAACAUGUCUACACACGAAAAAACAAAUCUAGAAGUCGAAUUCUGUCGCUGCCAUCUGGACAUUUCUACAGAAAAAAACAAUACAAAUCUAGGAUUCUGAUUUUCACGAAACUGACAAACAUUCCUGCCCCCCAGAGGAUGAACCUUCAUGUUGUACGCCCUGUUUUUGGCAGUUUUCCUCUAGCGCCACUCAACUUUACACCCAAGAUAUUUGCGCUUGUGACACUACAAUGAUAUCUACAGCAACAGUUUACUUCACACACUGUUUGGCCUUCUACAUACUUGUUACCUGAACUUUUUGUUAUAUCGAUGUAUUUGUAUGUUUUGUACCAAGAGCUUACUGUACCUGGUGAUCACUUUGUGUUAUAAACGUAUCCAAGGACUA